AUGUUUUAUCAUGAGCCUUUCUAUCUAUCUAUCUAUCUAUCUAUCUAUCUAUCUAUCUAUCUAUCUAUCUGGACACCCAACAUUUUCUCUAUUGCCUUCUAUUUCAUCAUUUCGUUCCACAACCUUUCCGCUUCUCUCCCUCAAUCUCACAUACGCUUUUUUCCUAUCUUUCUUUCCACCUCUCUCUCUCUCAAUCUUACAUACGCUUUUUUCCUAUCUUUCUUUCCACCUCUCUCUCUCUCUCAAUCUUACAUACGCUUUUUUCCUAUCUUUCUUUCCACCUCUCUCUCUCUCUCUCUCUCUCUCUCUCAAUCUUACACACGCUUUUUUCCUAUCUUUCUUUCUCUCUCUCUCUCUCUCUCUAUCAAUCUUACAUACGCGUCUUUCUUUCCACCUUUUUUUCCCCACUUCCACUGUGUGUAUGUAUUUUCUAUCUAUCUAUCUAUCUAUCUAUCUAUCUAUCUAUCUAUCUAUCUAUCUAUCUAUCUAUCUAUCUAUCUUAUUCUGUUAAUUAUCUAUCUAUUUGUCUAUAUAUCUAUCUAUCCCAUUCUCCUUUCCAAACGUCAUAAUCUAUCUAUCUAUCUAUCUAUCUAUCUAUCUAUCUAUCUAUCUAUCUAUCUAUCUAUGUCUAUAUUCAUUAUCUAUCUAUCUAUCUAUCUAUUCAUUAUCUAUCUAUCUAUCUGUCUCAGUCUGUUCAUUAUCUAUCUAUCUAUCUAUCUAUCUAUCUAUCUAUCUAUCUAUCUAUCUCAGCCUGUUCCUAUCUAUUAUCUAUCUAUCUAUCUAUCUAUCUAUCUAUCUAUCUAUCUAUCUCAUUCUGUUCAUGAUCUAUCUGCGUCUUUUUAUAUCUGUCUCUACUUACCUUGCACGCUAGCUGGUGAAGGCGGGUCACUAGAAAGUUUCUUUCUCUUACCGUCUCUAUUGUUGCUAAUAUACCUUUCUUUUCUUAAGGAGGCACGUAUUUAUUUUAAACCACUUUUUCUUAAAAAAAACAAACAAACAGUUCUCUUCUUUUUCUUGUUUACUUGA